AGUACUGCUAAUAAGAAGAGCAAGCAAGAUGAGAGAUUACUUGGGAAAUCAAGCUUUGCUAAUAGCUUUUCUGGGCUUCAUGAUUUUUUGCAAGAGCCAAGGCAACGUUCAUCACUAUGAUUUCGUAGUGGAAGAAAAGAACUUCACGAAGUUGUGCAGCACAAAAAGCAUAUUAACAGUGAACGGGAGCUUUCCAGGGCCAACCAUUCGUGUUCAGAAAGGCGAUACAGCUUUUGUUACUGUCCACAAUAAUGGAACCUACGGGGUCACUAUUCAUUGGCAUGGCGUAAAGGAACCAAGGGACCCAUGGUCAGAUGGACCAGAGAACAUAACACAGUGCCCUAUCCCGCCGGGAACAAGUUUCACUCAGAAGCUGACAUUUACGUCUGAAGAAGGAACUCUCUGGUGGCAUGCUCAUAGCAGUUGGAGUCGAGCCACUGUCCAUGGCGCUAUCCUCAUCUUCCCUGCAAAAAACACCUCUUAUCCUUUUCCUCAACCUCAUGGACAAGAAACAGUCAUCAUUGGGGAAUGGUACAAGGGGGAUGUUCAGCAAAUAAUAAAUUCUGCACUGGUAAGUGGUGGCGAGCCCAACCAAUCUGAUGCUUACACCAUCAACGGUGAACCUGGAGAUUUCUAUAAUUGUUCAAGAGAAACAACGUACCGUUCAUUGGUUGAUUACGGAAAGACCUAUCUCUUUCGCGUAAUAAACUCUGCUAUGAACGAAGAACACUUUUUUGGGAUUGCUCAUCACAACCUCACACUUGUGGGGAUCGAUGCGUCCUACACAAAACCCUUAAAGACCAACUUCAUCAUGAUCGGCCCAGGACAAACCAUGGAUGUGCUUGUCACAGCAGAUCAGAACCCUGAUCAGUAUUACAUUGCCGCUUCUCCCUUUUAUGAUGGAAAUGCAGUCUAUGAUAAUUCCACGACAACGGCAAUUCUUCAGUACAGAAAUUGCACUAAUAAUAAUGAUAAUUAUUCCAAUUCAAAUAAUUUAUCAUCUUCAUCUUCUAGAGCUAUUCCCUUCCCUGUGCUUCCUGCUUUGAAUGACUCAGGGGCAGCGUUUAACUUCAGCAAGAGAUUGAGGAGUUUGGCGAGUAAAGAUCAUCCAGUGGAUGUUCCCAAAAAUGUCAACAGAAGAAUUUAUAUGACAGUGUCUGUAAAUGUGUUGCCUUGCCCUAAUUCAAAUUGUUCGGGUCCUAAUGGAAAUAGAUUGUCUUCAAGCUUAAACAACAUAAGCUUUCGGGUUCCCAACAUCGAUAUUCUACGAGCAUACUAUUGGAACAUUUCUGGGGUAUUCACAGAGGACUUCCCAGAUGAACCGCCGCUGUAUUUCAACUUCACAGGUGACGUGGCAAACAGCACACUAAUCCCAAGUACAGGAACGAGGGUAAUAAUGUUGGAUUAUAAUGAUGAAGUGGAAAUAGUGUGGCAAGGAACGAGUCUUCUCAGUGCAGAGAAUCACCCUCUUCAUCUUCAUGGCUUCAGCUUCUAUGUGGUUGGACUUGGCCUUGGAAAUUUCAACAAUGUCACAGACCCUCUCUCCUAUAACUUAAUCGAUCCUCCAUUAGUUAACACCUUUGGUCUUCCCAAAAAUGGAUGGGUUGCAAUGAGAUUUGUCGCUGAUAAUCCUGGGGUAUGGUAUAUGCAUUGUCAUCUUGAUAGACACACAAGCUGGGGAAUGGAUACUGUUGUUAUUGUGAGAGACGGAGGUACCCCACAAACGAGCAUCCUUCCGCCCCCCAAAUAUCUGCCUCCUUGUUCUGUGAAAGAAGCUAAAUAUACAAGACUUUGCGGCACAAAAAGCAUAUUGACAGUGAAUGGAGAAUUUCCAGGGCCUAUAAUUACUGCUUCCAAGGGUGAUACAGUUUACGUCGAUGUGUAUAACAGAGGCAGGCACAACAUCACUUUACACUGGCACGGGGUGAAGCAGCCAAGGAAUCCAUGGUCAGAUGGUCCUGAAUACAUCACACAAUGUCCUAUACAACCAGAGGGGAGGUUCAGGCAAAAGGUGGUUUUCUCUACAGAGGAAGGAACCUUAUGGUGGCAUGCUCACAGUGGUUGGUCCAGAGCCACUGUCCAUGGAGCUAUCAUAGUCUAUCCCAACAAGAACUGUGCCUACCCUUUUCCCAGACCUGACGCAGACAUACCCAUCAUAUUUGGAGAAUGGUGGAAGGAGGAUGUGAUGAAGGUGUAUACUGAGUUCCUGGACUCUGGAGGAACUCCAAGUAAUUCUGAUGCAAUCACUAUAAACGGCCAGCCAGGUGAUCUUUAUCCUUGCUCAAACUCAGAAACAUUCAAGUUCGUUGUACAAGAAGGGAAGACUUACCUUCUUCGUAUGGUUAAUGCUGCAAUGAACUUGAUUCUGUUUGUGUCUGUUUCAAAUCACAAGCUCACGCUCGUGGGAGCAGAUGGAAGCUACACGAAGCCAUUGACUAGAGAUUGCAUCGCAAUAGCUCCAGGCCAAACGAUGGAUGCUUUGUUAUAUGCCAACCAGGAGCCAAAUCAGUAUUAUUUAGCAGCAAAGGCAUAUUCAAAUGGGAUUGGAGUUGCAUUCGAUAACACCACAACCACAGCUAUUGUUCAGUACAAAGAGAAAUAUAACGCAUCUUCAUCUCUCUCAUUACCCCAUAUCCCCUCCUAUAAUGACACGCAGGCAGCUUUUAACUUCUAUAGUAACAUUAGAGGGUUGCCUCAGAAAUUUCCCCUCAAAGUUCCACUGAAAAUUUCUACUCGCAUGAUGAUCACUCUCUCCAUAAACACAUUUCCAUGUCUGUCCGGCCAGUCCUGCGAGGGACCCAAUGGAACCCGUUUGGCUUCAAGCAUGAACAACAUAAGUUUUGAAAACCCAAACAUCGCUAUACUGGAAGCUUACUACUACCACAUCAAUGGAGUGUUUGGCAGGCGAUUUCCCAUGUUUCCGCCAUUGAUUUUUAACUUCACUGCUGAUUAUUUGCCUUUAGUUCUGCAGACACCUAAGCGGGGGACAGAGGUUAAGAUUCUCGAGUAUGGUGAAAUAGUAGAACUUGUUUUCCAAGGGACAAACUUAGUUGCAGGAUUUGACCAUCCAAUGCAUCUUCAUGGAUUCAAUUUCUAUGUUAUUGGAUAUGGAUUUGGGAAUUUCAACAAACGAUUGGACUACAGAAAUUUCAAUCUCGUUGAUCCUCCCCUCAUGAACACAGUUAUUGUGCCCAAAAAUGGCUGGGCUGCCAUCAGGUUCAGGGCUACCAACCCAGGACUGUGGUUGCUGCAUUGCCAUCUAGAGCGGCAUAUUUCUUGGGGAAUGGAGACUGUCUUCAUCGUGAAGAAUGGGUUAAGGUUCAAUGAAACAUUGCCGCCUCCGCCACCUGACAUGCCACCAUGUUGA